AGGAAGCCUGACACCCCACACUCGAAGAACUUGCUCAGGAACUGGUGGCUGUGUCACUGUGUACAGAGCCUAGGAGAUCCGGAGGCCUAGAGCGUGAGGUCUGCCUCAACUGGCAGCAUGUCCGGCUGGCUGGUGUUCUUGGUUAGAGAAAUGUCCAAAGACCAAGUCAGCGGGAAAAAUUGUCUUGCGGAUGGAGAUGAGAUAGCCUCAGCCCAAACCACAGAAGGUCUAAACCUCAUAUUAAUGGCUGGAAAUGUUAUUAAUUUCCAGGCCCAUGUGAUUGUCAACACUGUUUCCCAGACACUUCAACUUGGACAUGGACUGCUAUCUCGGGCUAUUUUGCAGAAAGCUGGUCCAAAUCUCCAGGAAGAGUUGUAUGCUGUCAAGCAGGGAACAGUGGAGAAAAGAGGUAGCAUAUUCAUAACAAGUGGCCAUAAUCUGAACUGCCAAGCUGUCUUCCAUGUCGUGGCACCAACUUGGGAUAAUGCAGCAGGGCGCUCUCAGCAGAUCAUGGCAAAUAUAAUCAAGAAAUGUUUGGCAACUGUAGAAGAGUUAUCUUUUUCAUCCAUCGUAUUUCCCAUGAUUGGAACAGGAAAUUUGAGAUUUCCCAAAGCUAUUUUUGCUAACCUAAUCCUUUCGGAAUUGUUCGAAUUUAGUAGCAGAAGCUGGCGGAAAACCUUACAAAAAGUUUACUUGCUGGUACAUCUAGGUGAUGAUGAAAUCCAGCAGGCAUUUUUAGAGGAAUUCACUAAAGGGUUGUAUGGAAAUCCCAACAAGGACAGGAUUCUCACAACUGAAGGUAACCAAGGGGCCUUCAGCCCUAUCUCCAGCCCUGGAAUCAUUUCAUAUGGAAUGAAAAUCGGUGCAAUUACUUUCCAGAUUGCUACUGGAGAUAUUAGCAAAGAAAAGGCAGAUGUGAUUGUAAACUCAACAAUAAGAACAUUUAAUCUGAAAUCAGGGGUGUCAAAAGCAAUUUUAGAAGGUGCCGGACCAGCUGUGGAAAAUGAAUGUGCUGUACUAGCUGCACAGCCUCACGGAGAUUUUAUAGUUACACAAGGUGGAAACUUGAUGUGCAAGAUAAUAAUCCAUGUUCUCGGGGAAAAUGAUGUCAGGAAAACGGUCUCCACUGUUCUAGAAGAGUGUGAGCAGAGGAAGUACACUUCUGUUUCCCUUCCGGCCAUCGGAACAGGAAAUGCUGGAAAAAACCCAACCACAGUUGCUGAUGAUAUGAUCAGUGCUGUUAUAGACUUCGCACGGAAACAUCCCAUCCCAUCAUUACGAAGAGUUAAAGUUGUCAUCUUUCUAUUUGAAUUGCUACAUGUAUUCUAUGACAACAUGAGAAAGAGAGAGAAGUCCGCAUCACCUGUCCUUCAGCCCACACGCUUCGAGACUGCAUGUAAUCUUCCUGAACACUGGGCUGACAUGAAUCAGCAGCUAUCCUGUGUGAUUGAGCUACUCCCUGGACAUUCAGAAUAUGACACCGUAAAGGACAAGUUCUCUGAGACUUGUCCUUCCUACAAAAUAGAGAAGAUUGAACGGAUACAGAAUGUAUGCAUCUGGCAGAGCUACCAGAUAAAGAAAAACCACAUGGACAUGAAGAAUGGCCAUACAGAUAAUGAGAGAAUUCUGUUCCAUGGGACAGAUGCAGACUCAGUGCCAUAUGUCAAUGAGCAUGGCUUUAAUCGCAGUUAUGCUGGGAAGAAUGGAGCAGCCUAUGGACGAGGAACCUAUUUUGCUGUUAAUGCCAAAUAUUCUGCUAAUGAUAAAUAUUCCAUACCAGACAGCAAUGGGAGAAAGCAUGUUUAUGUUGUACGAGUGCUUACAGGAGUCUACACAUGCGGACAUGCAAGAUUAGUUACCCCUCCAUCAAAGAAUCCUCACAAUCCCACAGAUCUCUUUGACUCUGUCACAGAUGAUACACAACAUCCAAGACUAUUUGUGGUAUUCUCUGAUAAUCAAGCUUACCCAGAAUAUCUCAUAACUUUUAGGUGUUAAAAAAUAGGUUUUUUUUUAACCUCUAAGAGAUUGUUUAGUUGUCUAUUUAUAAGAACAAAUUUAUAGAAUUUUUGUCUUUGCCUUUGGCUUGUUUAUGUAGAUAAAAAUGUCUCUGUUAGGUGCUAAAAUGCUGAAAACAGCCUUUCAAAAGCGCUCUAUUGCAAUUUGUAGCAUACCUCUUUUCUGAGCAUAUUGAUGGGUGGAAGCUAAGAAAUGCGGGUGACAUAAUUAUAGCUACAACUAUUCACAGACACCAAAUGUGUCAAAGAACAAAGAGCACAUUAUUUUUGUCUAGCAGAGAAGAAAUAAGACGAAUCUCUUUAAAGCCAAGAUGUCAUUGCUCUAACAGAGCAUGUUAAGACAUCAAACUGUGCUGGGCUCAACUGUACUGUUAAAUGAAUAGGCUGCUAAUGUGUAUCUGUAAGAGCUAAGAAUUUUGCCCCCCUGAAGAAAUACUUAGUAGAACAGUUCAGCUAGAAUGACUGAAAUCUGUUAUGGAGUAAACCAGGUAAAAAUGUGUUGUACCACUAUCUGAUGCUACAUGACAACUUACUAUAAAAUUUAAGGGCUUUGUGGGCAAGGAAUUCAGGUGUGGCUUAGCUGGGUCAUUCUGACUUAGGGUUUCUCCUAAAGUUGAAUAAAGAUGUCAGCAGGGGAUGCAGUGUUCUGCAGUGGCUUGACUAGAGCUGGAAGAUCUGCUUCCAAGGUAAAUCACUCAGAUAGCUACAGAGUUUUUGCUGGUUGACAGAAGUCCUCAGUUUUUCUCCCCAUAGUCCUUUCCAGGCUGCUUACAUUGCUCACGAUGUGGUAUUCCACAGCCAGCAAUUCAGGAGAGAGACAGGCUGAAGCCAUGGUGUCUUUUAUGACCUAGCUUCUGAGUCAUACUCCACCUCUUCCACAGCAUUCUGUUGGUUCCACAGAUCAGCUCUUUCAGUGUAAACAGGAAUUACACAGGGCCUGGACACCAGUGGACAGAGAUUGUCGGGGACCAUCUUAGAAGCUGUAUAGAGUGAAGGACUGAUACACUGAUGAAAUGUUAGCAGUGAGAAGGACUCUAGAGGUCAUCUAAGCCCACUGUCCUCUCAUCUUUCUCUCCCCCAUCUGUACUCCCAGGGCAAAAAGCCCUCGAGUCUCUGCUUCACCACUUCUACAUCUUAAGGAUAACUUAUUCCAUCCCAAGACAACUGUAACUGUUGGAAAACUCUUGUUUACACUGAGUUGAAAUCUCUUCUUCUGUGUCUAUUGCCUGCUGGUCACUGUCACCUUCUGGAGGGCACAGAGCAUUUAUCAUUCUUUUUACAGAUGGUGGCCCUUCAGAUUCAUCUCUUCUUUCUAUUAUACUAGAGUUAGGUAAAUUCUUGAAAUAUUUAGCAGCUUAUCCUGAAGCAUUACUUAUCAAGAGUUGAAGACAUUUAAGACGUGUUUACAUAAUCAUAAAUAAGCAGAUGCACAUUAAAAGGAGUACAGGGAAGUUUAAAGAGAAUAACUCCCUUCACCAUACUAUAUUACUCAUAAUUGCAACAUUCAGAGGAAACCACUGCCAACAUUCUUUUUUUUUUAAAUAUUUUAUGUAUUUGUUUGACAGA